CCGAAAUUCUUGGAAGUUAUGAAAACACCAUUUGGGACAUUGGUGAGCUUCAAGAAACCAGAGUCAAUGUUAUAAUAAGAGUCACGCCAAGAGUGAAGCCAGAAGUACCAAUCGAACUGUCAAGCGGGGUACCAAACAAGCAAAGUAAAUAAACAUUAUUGUUCCCACAGCCAGUGAACUACAAGUAUUGCAUUCAUUACUGACAAUAUUUUAGUAAUUUUAGAUGAAAAACCUUUCUUCACUUUAUUUAGUACAUUGUGGUAUUUAUAAGUUAUACCAAGCACUUGCUUGAACAUUUGUCACGUUCUAUAAUUCUUUUUGUCUCCCAGAAGCUCCGUUAUUGACAUGAAAUUUUUCACUUCUGUAUGAAAGUCAUCCGAUGCUUACGAAAAAAAUUAGGCUGCCAUUUACUCAGACGAAAAAAAAAAUCACAAGCAGUGCUGCUUGUUCGCAAUAUUUUCUCUUGGCGGGACUCUUAUUAUAACAUCGACUCUGCAAGAAACUUCGUAGAUCUUCAUGAAACUUCAGAAACUCCAGGGAACUUCGUCACGUCUGAUAUCAUAAGAGCGCGACAAUUUUUAAAACAGGGAAUCCAUCUUCUUGUAUUUUGACAGUAGACUGCGUCGCCCAUAAUUAAAUAGUUUUUGCACGGUCGUUUCCGCGAGAAAAGAAGAACACGUCACAGACAAAAAGAAGCCAGUUGUCUCCUCUUCCUCUUAGAAUUUUCUUUACAAUAUGCUGAGAUUUGUAUUGUAUACUCAUUUACUGCAGGUAGUAUGAGCAGCAAAAGCCAUGCCAGCUUCACGAUGAAGCUGACGUCAACCACCGAGCUUUCCUAUAAUGGACCACACAGCCAACCAGAACAACUAAGCGACUGAAUUCAAUUGACUCAGAGCAUUUUCUUUCCAUACGAAAUUUACUCAUAUUUGGAAAACCUGCAGUUACUCAUUAGCUAGAGUAAAUUGAAUUCAGUCGCUGAGUUGUUCUGGUUAGCCGUAUAACAAGAGCUGAAAAUUCAAGCACAUCCAUGUGGUGCUGGACCGGAUCAAGUAGCAAUGCACGGCACCGCCAUUUUUUGGGGACGACGAGAGCUGCAGUGGCGGGCAGUACGAUUUAUACCCCGUACAGACUAUGGCUUAUAUCAUGUAAUAUAGGCCGUCUUGCAAUGAGCACUCAUACAUCUACCAUAUAUCUACAUCUUUUUCACUGGAAAUCCUGAGUGCUCAUUGCAAGACAGCCUAUAUUACAUGAUAUAAGCCAUAGUAUGUACGGAGUAUUAGUAGCCGGUGGAAACUAACGAUUUUAAAUUGGCUCACUACUUGACUAGCCUAUAGGACCCAAGCAAAUCGAUUAACGUACCCCAUUCUAGUCAAAAUUCUAUUAAUACACUAUGUUCGACAGAUAAAAUGAGGGGUUCGUGGAUUUUUCUAAGUUUCGAGGGGUGCAUCGAUUAGCUUGGGACCGAAGAUAGUACCAACUGAGCCAAAAAGUUGAGCAUGUUUCUUCGGGACCUAAUUCGGGACGGUAUUAGGUUCGGCUUUGAGCAGUGCUCGACAGGGACCCAGCAAAAGCGCUAUUUUUUCAAAUGUAGCAACCACCGAUACGAGCAGCUGAUGAAGUGUUUGCCAGUUAAAUAAUCGCGGUGGCAUAGGAGGAAGCUUUGUACAAGAGCAGUUAAAUUUGACCAAAGCAGUCAAAGCUGAAGUGCAUCAACUGUAAAGGGCGAACACGAAAUUAUUGCGACACAUUCAACAGGGCAUAACUUUUUUACCAUUGGGUAAAAAUCAACCAAAUUUUGCACACUUUCUCAUUGAUGUGUAUUGUGUACAUGCUGUCAAACUCGAAGUCGUGUUUUUCGAUUCAACGAAAAUGGAGGUGAACCAACGCGAGUUGAGAGAACAAAUUCUUUCCAAACACCUGGAAUUUCCUGACCUGUCGCACCGGCAGUUGGGAAAAAUGUUGAACAUUCACCAUUCAACCGUCUCCAGAGUGUUGAAGCGGUUCCAGGAGCGGUUGACGUUGGACCACGGCAAAGGAGCUGGAAGAAAACCGGGACCGGAGAACAAAAAGACGGAGGGAAAGAUGAAGCGGAUGAUUAAAGCAAAUCCCAACGUCUCAAGCCGUGAUUUGGCUAAAAAGAUCGGCAUGUCGCAGAGCUACGUCCAGAAUGCAAAGAAGAGAGCUGGACUACAUACAUACAAGGUACAGAACUUCCCAAACCGCGAUGAGCGGCAACAAUCGACGGCUAAAACUCGGGCACGGAAGCUCUACGAGAAGAUGCUGACAAAAUAUGGCUGCUGUGUGAUGGACGACGAAACGUAUAUAAAAGCCGAUUUUAAGCAAAUUCCGGGGUUGGAGUUUUUCACCGGCAAGAGCAAGUUCGAUGUGGACGACAAAUUUAAGAAGAAGAAAAUGUCGAAGCUCGCCUCCAAAUAUCUCAUUUGGCAGGCCAUCUGCUCUUGUGGACUGAGGAGUGAGCCUUUCGUGACACAGGGUACAGUAAAUGGCGAGAUCUACAAAUCUGAGUGCCUCGAGAAGCGUCUUUUGCCGUUCUUGCAGCAGCACGACGAAGCUCCGCUAUUUUGGCCAGAUUUGGCAUCAUGCCACUAUUCUAAAAGUGUCCUGGAGUGGUAUGAGGCCAAUUCUGUCCAUUUUGUUCCAAAGGACAUGAAUCCGCCAAACUGUCCGGAGCUGCGCCCGGUGGAGCAGUACUGGGCAAUAAUGAAGCGGGAACUUCGGAAGAGCAAGAAGACAGUCAAAGACGAGAAGGACAUGUUAAGAAAACGGAAAAAAAACUGAGAAACUGGUACCGGAUGACACUGUAAAAACUUUGAUGGAGGGCAUCAAGCAAAAAUGCGUUCAAUUUUACACUCAAGGCUCCAUCGAUUAACUUUUCUUUUGAUUUUUGAAGUAAAUAUAUGUAUAAAACUACCCUAAAAUUUUGGUUUGAUUCUAAACAUUAUAAGAAAAUUGGCAUGACAUUUUCGGUGUCGCAAU